GUCUGGUCACCUACUGUCAGUGUGUGGCACGAAUCGAACGAACGUGCGAAGCUUAUCAAAAUAUUCCGUGCCAGAAUAAUUUAUGCGGUUCCCGACGAAAUAGUGCCGUCGUCGUCUUCAAGAGUGAUAAAUUUAUUCGCGGUGACCUUAUCUCGCGCUCCUUUGCUACUCGAGCGGUGUCAUUGUAUGAUAAAUAACUAGAAAGAAUUCAAUUUUUCGAGGCAGAGGGCAAUUCUUACUUCGUGCUGUUUCCGUCGUCGCUGAGUCGUGCCGCAUCCGGAAAAGGAAAGUAGCGGAAUCGCCCUGUCCAGACACAACUAUUUUUGGGCGGGACCUACUUCUACCCCAUUAGCGGAAAACGACAGCCCACCAUGAUGAGACUGCUGGAUAAGGUUCUGACAUUCAUUAACUACUGGUGGUUCCGGUAUUUGAUGAUUACCGAGCUGUACAUGGUCGAGAGCUGGGAACGAGUGACGAUCCACGUAUUCUUAUUUGCACUCUUCAUGCUCCAGUGGUAUUUCAACUGCAAGGUCGUUCUCCCGUUCACCGGCAGCAUACUGGGGAUACAACCAAUCGACCAACAGCUGGCAUCUUUUCGAACGUAAUCUCCCCGACCUCUACUACCUGAGAGUUGUUCAAGUAUUCAAUUAAUUGUUCCAAAACCUAACCUAAGUUGACCUUUACGAUCCCCGCACGAGGGUUAUUCAACUGAGCAGAACCGAUUGGUAAUCUCUUCUUCUUCAAAAAAUGUAAGUGUACCUAGUUAAGGCAGAUAGACAUAUAAACCACAAUCGAAACAUAGAAUUAUCAUUGUGAAUCUGAACUAGUAGGCGACCAGAGAUAAAGCGUAAAGAAGAAAAAUAAGUAUGGCUAAGUGUGUAAAACAUAGUGCUUUCAACUGCACCUAAACCCCACUAAACCUCUAGAGGUACUUGGCAAAAAAAGAGAAGUCAAAAGAAGUCACUUUUUAUAGAUGUAAUCCAACGGAAACUCCGUAUCGAUAAGCGUGUGGCGCGACUGAAUGAAGCAAAAUGUAAGUGAGACAGCUUUCGGCAUAUACCCACAACAACACUCGCACACGAUAGUUGCAAAACCGAUCAAAUAAACCACUCGUGACUAAGGAGGCACUCGAUAUGCGGGAACCUCACUUGAACUGAGCUAAUAUCUAAUGGAA